AGGCACCGGGUUUCUCGAGCGUGCACAGCUGUAUGUCCAGAUUCAUUACUCCCGAACAGCAAUCAAGACUGAUCUCACUGACCGACAUUAAUAUCCGAGACUGACAAGCCUAUUAUUCUACUAACGAUGCUUCCCUCAACUAGUGUCGGCUACACAAAAUCAAGUGCAAUGGUGGGCGACCGCGAUGUCAGCAUUGCAUGACCACAAAUCGGGAUUGUGUAUACAUUCUACCUCGCUAAGAUCGGCUGAAGACCAUCAUGAGACAGUGUCAUGAGAUGGCUACACUCCUGAAGAGACUGAGAUCAUAUGCAAAUACAGAAGACCACGUCAGGAUUGGGCAAAUCUUGAAAGAUCUAGAAGGGGAAAUGCCAGUAUCUAGCCAUCCAACAGCGCCCUUUGAACACGCCACGAGCGCCAACGGUACAAAAGAAACUCCAAAAUCUGGUCCGCUGAACAACUGCAAUGAACUUGAUCAGGGACCAAUGGAUCCAUUUGAUGAGGAUCUGAACGCUAAUAAUCGAGCUCGUGCCACUAGCUUUGUCGGGAGAAGCUCCGUGGUGCAAUGGCUACGUGAAGUUGCAACGGCGCACUCAGAGCGAACGAGACGAAGCCCUGGCCAACAUCCUGAACAAUGCAGCUCGGCACUUGACAACGAAGCAACAAGUUUGUACAGCUUUUGGACCGACGGCGAUAAUCUCGAAGAUGAACCUUACGUUGACUCUUACAAGCUACCCUCCCUAGAGAUUGCUGAAGGUCUUUUAGAUUGCUACAUGAGUAAGGUGCAUGAUUCUUUCCCUAUAUUGAUUCGCGCAACUUUCGAAGAACAGUUUCGCAGCUACUUCACUGCCUCACAGAACGACGGUUCCCCUUACAUCAGUCGAGGAUGGCGGGCUAUUGUCAAUCUAGUCUUUGCCAUCGGUGCAUACUAUUCAUACCUAGCGAAGCCAGAUUGGCGAACCAAUGAACGCGAUCAUAUCCUCUAUCAAGCAAGGGACAGAGCGUUGCACCUGGAGAAGGCUACCUUGACUUGUGAUGUGGACAUAACACAGGUAAAGGGGCUUGGGCUCCUUGCAUUUUACUGGAUGUCAGUUGGGCAAAUCAGCCGUGCCUGGACAAUCGUUGGCACAGCCCUCCGCUUUGCGUACCGGCUCGGGCUCCAUGUUGACAACAACGACACUACCAUACCGGAAGCAGAGCAGGAAAUAAUGAGACGGACGUGGUGGAGUUUGUACUCACUCGAGCAAAACCUUUGCGCUACAACAGGUCGUCCAAGCAUAAUAGUGGAAUCUUUUUGUUCGGUCCCAUUACCGGUCCCUGUCACAGAAAAACAGGCGAUUGCAACUGGGUACCGGAUGUGCGACGACAGCGCAAGCCUCGUGUUUAGGACCCAGGAUCGACCUCCCAACAUCUCGAAACUCGCUCUUGAAUCAGUAGCAUCAAACACCACGAACACAAACCCUGGGUCGUUUUUCACGGCUACGGUCCAAUUGUAUAUGAUCAUACAAGAUAUACUCACGUCACUUUACUCUGCAAACUCCUUGGUCAGAGCCGCACAAGAAACCCAGCAGACCAUGGUCGAUCUAGGCCAGCGCCUCGACCAGUGGGCACUAUCACUUCCCAAGGAGUUCAACUUCCAUGAACUAACCACCGAAAACAUUGAGUUUAAUCGUGAACGUGUGCUCAUUGGUUUCCAGGCUUGUAGCGCGAGAAUGAUGCUGACACGACCGUGCCUAGGAGCACAGGGAGAAGUCUGGAAAGAAGGAGUCGAGGCGAGCUUUGCCCGAAGAAUGGGCGAUGGCUGUAUCGAGGCAGCAAUAAUGAUCGUGGAUUUCUUACCUGAUCAGCCCAGUUCUGGGUUCAUGUACGGUCAGGGGCCUUGGUGGUGUGUCGUCCAUUAUCUAAUGCAAGCAGUCUCGAUCUUUUGGCUAGGUUUGUCAUACCCUUACGUUAAGCCACAUGACGGAAUGACGCUAGUUCGAUAUACCAAGAAGGUCGGUCGAUGUUUGCAAGCCAUGCAUGAUCCUAUGGCUCAACGCGCCUUUAGAGUGGUUAAAAACCUGGUGGAAUCUCUACCGAGCCAGUGGUCGUCAGGUGUCCCUGAUCCAUGGAGGGGAGGCUCUCCGCACGCAGAGCAGACGCAGAAGGACCACAGCAAUGAUUGGAAGCCUGCCCGUCGACCGUUAUCGAUCCAAGGCCUUAUCCAGUGACCGCUCGGGGGCAUGGGAUG